CCCAACGGCAGCACAUGAUCUAAUAAACCCAAACUAACAGCAACUACACCGCAAUCAAAGCCUUUUCAACAGCAAACCACUAUUUUUACAUUCUUAGACGUGAAAAUGUGAGAAACGAAUGGAAAAGAGCGCAAAAGCAGAGCGAGGUGGAAUCCGUUCCACGAGUCCGUGCCUUUCUUUGCGCCUGGCUGGUUCUCUCCACCUUUAAAGCAGCUAGAGGGAAGAAAACAGCUGAGAGGGAGGCGACAGCGCAAAUACAAUGGUCACUGAAACUGCAAAAGACAAUCCGAAGGCCGAUUAUUUCCCAGCCGAAGCGAGCGAUUGCCCCAACUCUCCCAUCUCAUUUUCCUCCGAAGACGGCCAGCUAAGCAGGAGGCGCGACACCCAGACCACCAGCGGCAGCAUCAUCCCGGAGGACAGCGGCAGCAUCCAGGCCCUGGUCACCUCAUCCGCAGCCGCCGCCAGCAUCAUGACAUCAGGGGAGUUCGUGCAGACCGCUCCCCUGCUGGCGCACAAAUCCAAGAGGAGCAUGCUGUACAAGGCGCUGUGCUUCCUCCUCCUCAUCUUCCAGGGCGGCGUUCUGGAUUUCUACCUCAUCAUCUUCACGGACCUGUACUGGUGCUCGUGGAUAGCCACGGACCUCGUGGUGAUCUCGGGCUGGGGGAUUUUCUUCAUGAAGAACGCGCGGAGUAAGCGGGAGCGGGCCUGCGGCUUUCACCAGAAAAGCUCCAUUUUCGGCUGCAACCUCGGAGAGUUCACCUACGCCUACCUCGCAUGGCUCAUCUACGUCAUCGCCUGCACCCCUAAGGUGGUGCUCAUCCUGGAGACCUCCAUCCUGGAGCUGAUCACGUUAAAGGUCCCGUUCGGAGCGACCGGCUUCAAAAUCGUCAUGCUGCUGUCUGCGCCGCUGCUCUUCUGCCUCAUCAACUCCAUCAUCGAGGACCUGAACGGCUCCACGCGGCACCACUCCCAGAGCUGCUUCAUGGGCACCUGCCUGGACCUGCUGGACAGCUUCACGCUUGUGGAGAUGCUGCUACGGAACGAGAUCCCCACGCUUUAUCUCAAGUACACCGUGAUCUCGGUGUACUUUGUGGCGCUGGCCGUGCCGGUGGUCUGGCUGUACGAGCUCACGGCGUCCGAGCUGCGCUGCAGGUGGCUUUGGGCCCGUUUCUCCACGGGCCUGGUGGUUAACGCGCCCCUGCUGGUGGUCAGGUGUUUCCAGGUCUACAUCUACAAGAUGCCGGUGUCCGUGUUCAUGUUCAAAAACAUCUUCUUCUUGGCCUGUAAGCUGCUGGAGCUGCUGGAGCAGUGUGUGGCGUUCCGGGGGGUCCGCAGGCUGGCUGGCGGCAGCAACCCGGCCCAGUUCUCCCACUGCGUGUCCGAGAACGACAUGUGUCCGCACGGGUAUGUCAACACUCUGGCUGUGGCUCAGUCCUAGAGCCGUGGCGGCCGUCUGCCUGUGACGCAGGACAGACACAUCUGGAACCUGGAAAAUCCCAAAUAGCACCGAGUCUCUGCCUCGGGACGCUUUUGGAUUCACGUCCACGCGAUAAGCAAAGCAGGUAUCAGAUAAGCAGUGCAGAUAAUGGCAUUUAGCUGCUAAAUAAUAGACAAAAACAAACCAAUUUUCUAAUCAGACUGAAACUAAAUCUUAUCUCCUGUGGUGAGCUCCUGUCGGGCCUCCCAGCUGCAUCUAAACAUCAACUAAAUAUUAUUAAAGGGCCUCGAAGAGGCUCCGUGUCUGUGUUGCCGCUAACAGACGUGUCAUUGGUGGGAAGACAAGAAAAUGUUCAGCAUGAAAUAAAAAAAUGGGCUAAAGGCAGAAGUUUCAUCCAUGUGCUGAUUCAGGUCUUUCUGUGUCCGUGGGCCCAGAGGCAGCUACGUAAUGAUCUGAAUGAUGAUCUGAAUAUUUCAGUGACUGUGAUUUGAAAUUUAAACAAAGUUAAUAAUCUGCCGUGUAGCAGCUCCAGGGUCACCGAGCCUGUCAGACUCCAACAGGCUCGACUCACUAAUUAAACCGCAGGGAGCACAUCUGGCCUUUGUUGUUAAUCGAUGAUGCUUACGACCAAACCACUUUGUGAUUAAUCCAGCCCGUUCUCACUCCCGAGGCGUAACAUGCCGACGUUUUGUCACGUCCCGGGGC